GAGGAACUCGACCUGGAGAGAGUAGAUAUGCCAUCCCAUUCUAUUGCAAAGCUUGUAGGCGAGGGUAAAUAUAUCAAUAUGACAUUGGCCUUCAGCUACGAGCUGAAGACACUAAUAACAAUAGUUACAGAUUCGGUAACGACCUAAGGUAGGGGUCCGAGCGAGUCAGACGCAAGCUGUUUAAUAGUGCACGCCCCACAGGACGGGACUGCGGGCGGCAGGGUCACGGCACGGCUCUUCGCAUUUCGCGACGCCAGCCUUAAAGUCCAGCUGGCGCUUUUGAUUCCUCCUUUUCCCUCCCCGCCCGGCUAGCUAUCUGUCGAUCAAUGACCUAUCUCGGCUCAGCAGACGUCCCCACGACCUGCUGCAUCCGUCGUUUUUGCCUGUGAUUACCCCGUUCUAGGGGACGCGCGAAAGGAAGAUGGGCUGGCCUUAUCAGUUUCUCAGCCUUGACCAGGCAGAAAGGCACGCUCGCCGGGAGGUACUCAACCGCUAUGCCGCCUAUGCACAGCUCUCCGCCCUGCUACCCGUGACACUGUUUCUGCUCUGCAGAAUAGCGUCGUGGGCCAGAAAGUCUGUAGCAGAGGGCCGCAGGGGGUCGUACGGCGUGAUCCCCAACUCUCCGUCGCUCAAAGUACAGCACCGGACGGCAUGGGGCGCAUGGAGCACUCAGGCUCGGAAGUUGGGAUGGUGGCUCCGGGACGACAUCUACAUCUUCGGACGAUUGUAUGGCCAGAGAGACCAGUGGAUCUUUGGCUCCCUGUGGGCUGCCUGGAUGUUGGUUCUAUGUGUUGUUGGCACCGGCCACGAUUACCUACACUUGACCAAACGCUUCGGCGCAAUCGCCGUGUCUCAGCUUCCGAUUCUAUAUCUCAUGUCCCUGAAGUCGCUUAACCCCUUUGUAUACGUCUUCCGGUCGUCUCACGAGCAGGUCAACCGCAUGCACCGGGCCCUCGGCCGCGUCAUUUACACCCUGCUCUGUCUUCAUGCCGCCUUCUACAUCAAUUACUUCGUCGGCGUCGGUAUUCUUGGAAAGCGCUUCUUUGCCCCAAUCGUCUUCGCCGGCGUGGUAGCUUUCCUGUGCUUGAGCCUACUCAGCGUAACCGCAUUGCAAUCCAUUCGGCGGUUUUCCUAUCGAGCAUUCUUCGUCACUCACCUCACUGCGGCGUUGGUUAUGCCCGUGCUCGUGUUCUUCCACGCCCGACCAGCUCGCCUCUUCGUGGGCGAGGCCUUGAUAGUCUUCCUUGCAGAUCUGGUCUCCCGCAAGAUGGACACUAUUGUCUCGCAGGCCACUCUGGAGUCCAUUCCCGGAACCGAUCUUGUCAAGAUCUCCGCUUCCGUCCCCUACGGCAGAGCCAACAAGUUCCGCGCACAUCCCGGCUCCCACAUUUACCUCUCAGUCCCCGCUGCAGCCCGGCCGUCCUCCAAUCCUGCGUCUCUCUCCUUCCUACUCUUUGAGUUCCUCUUCAACCCCUUCACAGUAGCCGCAGUCGACGAGGAGACAGGAGAUAUUACCUUGGUCGCCCGCCGCAUGGGCGGGCCCCUGACGGCAGCUCUGGCAAGAUUUGCUGCCAGGCAAACCCCCGUGAAUGCGAGCAAUAUUGCGCCGAGGGAGGAAGGGAAGAUACCGCUAUGCAUCGAGGGUCCUUACGGCAUAGUAAAGCACUUCCCCAACCUGGCUGGAGGGGAGUUUUCGCGCAUUCUCCUGGUCGCCGGCGGGAUCGGUGCCACCUUCACCGUCCCCCUAUAUCGGUCCAUCGCCCACGACAAUCCAAACGCCAAGGUCGAGAUGAUCUGGGCGGUGCGCGGGGCCGCAGACGCGACCUGGGCUGUCGCGGCAACGGGUGCUGGGAAGAGCAUCUUGAACGACGACAACGUCCACAUAUUCUUAACCGGAGAUAUCGUGGACUCGGUGGCUGGCGCGGCAUCGGUUCCAGGAUCAGGGGGGAGCUGGGCUCGGAUGGGCGGCAGCAACGGGGAGAGAAAUGGCUCCGCGGCAGGAGAAACUGACAGCGAAGUCGAGAUGAGCUCCAUGUACCGGGACCGGAGGCGCAACCGAUACACAUCUCACCACAACCGGAAACGACCGGACCUAAAGAAGAUAGUAGAUGAUAUCUUCAGGUACGGGAGCGAGGAGCGGGUUGCGAUUCUAGUAUGUGGGCCCGACGAUAUGGCGCGGGAGCUCAGGGAGCAUGUCGGCGUUUGGGCUAUGAAGGGUCGGUCAAUCUGGUUUCACAAUGAGGGUUUUGGUCUGUAGCCAGCUCAAUGAGAAUCUUGGUCUAAAGACAGCAUAUGCUUGGGACUCCCGCAGACAAGUAGUCGAUUUUGAACAAGAACGAACGUGAGGCUAAAGAAGCUCCUAAAGAAUCUCCUCCAGUAUAUCAUUAGAUCUGUUACUGGAACCUGAAGCAUAGGGCUAAAGUUGUUUCAAAACAUGUCUUCAGCAAUCCAAAGUUGGAACUCGACAGCAAUAGAGCAACCACUAACAACACUAUUACGCUCGAGGCCGACGCCUUAGCUAGGUAUCUAUACA